AUGGAUUCUGAAGUGGAAUCCCAGAUUUCACUUCAAGAUAUAGAUGCUGUGCUGGCUCAACGUGGCAAAAAAUCACAAGAUCUUGAAUAUCUUGUUAAGUUGACCAACAAAGCUUACAAAGAUUCAAUUUGGCUACGAGCUUCAGAAUUACGCAAGACUCAAGAAGGAAGAAAUAUAAUCAAAAUGCUAAAUUCUGAAGUUCCAAUACCAUAUGACCCCGACAAUUAUUAUGAUCCAUCUUUUAAUCUUAUUGAUAGAAUCUUAGAACAGACAAAAGAUGGUUACUUAGUUAAAUGGAAGAAUCAACCUUACACAAAUACUACUAUAGAGAAAGAUAUUCAACCAGAAACCCUUGAACGCUACAAUUAUUUACAAAAAUGCAAAUAUUCAAGGAGAAAUGGCUAUGCUUCGAGACCGCAGCAUGUGAAAAGCUUUGAAAAUCCAAAUAACAAUAAAUUGAAUUUGUCACCUACCCAAAUUGUUACAUUGAAUACAUUUAUCUCAUGCUUUAAUUAUGAGAAAACGAUAAAAAUAACUACAAGAAGAGAAAUAUCCGUUCCAAAUGUAUUUUUACUUUUCUGCGAAUACUUAUUUAACGAGUUCAAAAUCGAAGGUCCAUUUUUAGCUGUUUUACCACCAGAAUUACUUCAUGAAUGGGAUUUAAUUCUCAACGACUCAAAUUCAUUACUCUCUGUUUUAUAUUCUGGGACUCCUGAAAAUCGAGAUAUCAUGACGAAAUACUUAGUAUCAAGAGAUGGAAGUUUGAGAUUUCACAUUCUAAUUACGUCACAUGAUAUUUUUUCGACGGAUAUCAAAAAAUUUAAUCCAAUUAAAUGGGCUUUUGCUUACAUUGCAUCAAAUGAUAAGUUUGAUUUAAACAUAGUUUUACGGCACAGUGCAGUUAUUGAUAAUUUUGAAUCGUUUGACCAUUAUUCAAAAAAUGUAUAUGAAUACAUCAAUUUACUUGAAAAAUUUCAACACACCAAUGAAAUUUCUGACUCAAUAAAUGAUAUUAAAAGGAGAUUUCAACUCUUUUACCCUCUUUAUGACAAUAAUGUUUCUGAAGUAGACUCUACUCCAACAAUGAAAUAUAUAUUAUGUCCAUUAACACAAGAACAAAAGAGUUGCAUAAUUAAUUCUACUUUAAACCACUUGGAUAACAUCAGAAACAAUAAAUUUACAAUUUUAAAGAACGAAUUACAAAGAAUUUGCCAUCAUCCAUAUCUUGUCCCAGGAAAUGAGAUUCUUCUUCAGAUGAAUUAUACUACAGUUUCUUCAAAAUCUAGAGUCAUCAUAGAUUAUAUCAAAGAAUCUGUCAAAAAUCAUAUAAAAUUGGCUAUUGUAUCAGAAUUUACAUUUUUCUUAGAUAUAAUUCAAGAUUACCUCGAGGAAAACAAUCUUUCUUGGUUCAGGGAAAGAGUUAAUGAAGGAAUUAAUUUAAUCAAUUUCAGAAGUUUUGAUUUUUACACAGAUAUCCAAAAGGCAGAUUUAAUAAUCGCAGUAGAUAUUGAUAUUGACAUUACACGGACAAAAGGAAACAAGAAAAUUAUCAGACUCAUUUCGCCUUCAGAAAAAAACUGGAAAUUUUUCACUGAUGAAAAAAUUUGUAAAGAAAUUGUUGUGAAUGGUCUUUACCAAAAUCCGAAAGAGGAUAUAUCAAAGGAAAUAGAUCAUCUUCCGUCUGACAAAUCAUUUUUAUCUGAAAUCAUUGAUAUGAAUGAUUUUUGGGAUGAUAUCACAGAUCUAGAACGAAUCAUUUUCAAACCAAAGCCAGAGAUCACAGGGAAACUCAGUCUCAGACAACGAAACCAACUUAUUAGAAGUUUAUUCAGCUUCGGCUGGGACAACUGGGAUAAGCUCAAAGAGUUCUGUGGCUUCUACAUUUCACAAGAGAAUCUGAAAGAUCUUUGUCAGACAAUCCUUCGAAAAGUUCUCUCUCUCAGCUCAGACAAGACACCAAACAAAUAUGAACUCAUCAACCAGAUAGUUGAGCAAUACGACAGCAAAGAUUCAGAGCAAAUAGAGUUCUCUGAUGUCUGCACUUUGAUGCUGAAGGAAGCCAGCGACGAAUUGCUUUCUACUUUCAUUUUGAUUCGCCAGUUCAACAUGUUUGAUAUCGAGGAUAUCAAAGCACUCCCCGAUAUACAGAUUUCGAAGGAUAUGACUGAGAAAUGGUGGUCGAAAGAGCUCUCAAAGAGCUUGCUAAGGGCAAUCUGCCAACUGGGAUUCAGAUCGUUCGACUACUUUGGGCUGAUCGAUGAUGAGAAGAUUUUGCAGAUUUCACAGAUGACAAAUGAUUUGUCAAUGAUUGGCGGAGUAGCAAUCAAUCUUUUAACUGAAUGCCAAAAACAUAUCAAAAAUGAUAAGUUUAUUUCAUAUAUCUUUGUUUCCGAAAAACUCAAAAACCAAUGGAAGAAAAGUCAAAUUUUCUCGAUUUGCAACUUCUUAAUAUCUUAUGGAGUUCCACUCGAUGACUACGACUCACUAGUCAAGGAGUUUAAUUUCACAAGAGAAAAUGGGGAUAGAUACGAGAAAGAAAACUACGAGGGUUUAGUUGGUGAUAUUUUGACCAACGCUCAAUUGAAGCUCCAAAAUGAAGUUUAUGAGAAGCAAGCAGAACUGAUUAUACAUGCAAUAAACACAAUGAAGGAUCUCUGCUUCAUAUUCAACGGACAGAGAAGUGAUGAUGAAGUCAUUUACUUCAUAAAUACCAUUAAAAAAUGGCAGAAAAUGCCGAAAUUAUUCUCAUUCGAAAUAGAAGUACAUUUGUUAAAGAGUUUGAAAGAAAAAGGAUACAUUGCAAUUCCAGAAAUCAUCAAAGAAAAAGAAAUAGUCGAUUGCUUUGGUAAAGUUUCACCAGGCCCAAUGCUGAAAAUGAGCAGAAUUGCGAAAAGAGUGUCUGCAAUUGCCAAUCAAAUAAGGAUAUCUGUCCCACCUUCCGCCGAACAAAUAGAAGAUUUCAAAGUGAAAAGAGAUAAAUUCCUUAAAGAAAAUCCACCAGAAUGCAGAAAGAGAAAACAAAAGCCACCAAAAGCUAUUCCUCAAAGAAAUUCCAAACCAAAAAUCACUCAAACGCCGCAACAACAAGCUGUAUUGCAAAUACCAAGAGAAGAAGAUGCUAAAUCAGAAGUCUUCUAUGAAGAGAAAACCAUUCCCAAUCAAGAAAAAAUUGAAGAAUUCCAAUCAAGUGAAAGCACUGAAUCUAAAGAAGAUGAACCGAAAUUGAUAAAGGAGGAAGAAGAAACCAUUGAAAAUACUCAAGUCAUAGAAGAACAAAAGUUAGAAAUCGUCAAACAAGUUGAUGAAACACCAGACACUGAGUCAGCUAAAAAGAAACGGCCAAAGAUCAAACUUACAAUGAACUUAUCUUCAGAAAAGAAAGAAGAAGAUAAGGAUGAAGUCAGUGGAAAACUUGCCAAAGAAGCAAAACAAUAUCUAGAAUCAGAGAUCAAAGAGAAAAUUUCAGGAAUAUUCCAAGAAGAGUUGGAGUCCAAACAUGUUGAACUGAUUGAGAAUUUCUCAGAAAAACUCAUUGAAUCAAUUUCAGUUAAACUGAUGGAAAAAAUUGUGGCAAAGAGCAGUGAAAACGAAACUAUAGACAUCAAAGAGAAGAAGAUUAAGUUAAGACUCAAAAAAACAGAAGAAAAACAGAAGAAUGAACCAAAAUCAAAAGAAAAAUUUCCAAAUACCAAUGACAAUCCGAAGGAAGGAUUAAGACAGAAGCCGAAAAUCAUUUACAUCGAAGACGAUGGAAAGAGUUACUCAUCUAAUGACGACGACGAUGAUGAAUUCGAAAUACCAAAAGAGCUCAACCAAAAAAUCUCACAACAUGCAAAACAGAAAUCGAAAAUUGUUCAAAAAGAUGUUGAGGCCGAAAGUUCUUCAACUAUCAAAAAGAGUUCUCAAAAGAAGAAGAAAAGUUCUGCAAAAACAUCUGAAAAUAAAUCGAAACAGAGAGGAAAAAGCACCAAAAAUAAAACAGAAUCACCAAAGAAAAUCACAAUUGUUUAUAAAGAAGAUGACGGGAAAUCUUAUUCUAGUGAAGGAAAUGAUUAUUCUGAUGAUGAUUUUGUUGACAAUUCUAAACCACCACAAAAGAAAGCCAUGAAAAUACAGAAAAAGAAUAAUAGUCGUCAAAACAAUUUAAAGUCUAUUUCCAAAGAAGUCCAAAAAUCAAGCUCAGACGAAGAGAAUUUUGAUUCUGAAACAAGUACUAAAAUUAAGAAGCGGACAAAUAUCGAAAUUGUCAAUAAUUACAAAGAAGAAGAAUCAAGCUCUGGUGAAGAAAAUUCUUACUUUGAAGCAUACUCAGACGAAAGCCCCCUUCAAAUGACAAAGAACGCUCCGAAAAGUAACUCUAUUAACAGAAUUCAAGCAGUCAUUAAUGAAAAUUCAAGCGAAGAUAAUGACUAUUCAGAUGUAAGAGUUCAAUCAUUUAGAUUAAAGCAAAAGAAAUCUUCACCAAAUACUAAAAAUUCUGGAAAAGCGAAAAAGAAUUCUAAAAUAGAUAUUAUGGAGGAAGAAAGUAAAGAAACUUCAAAAUCCAACCAAAAGAAUGUUCCACAUAAUACAAUUGGAAAAGGAAAAACUAAUAAAUACCAAUCCAAACCAGACAAAGGUAUAAAUAGAGAUGAUUCAUCUGAAGAAGAAAAAUUUAGAGGAAAACGAAAAUCAAAUAAAAAGAUAAACAUGUCCGAUGAUUAUUCUCCUGAGGAAGAAAUUUCAUCAAAGAAGAGGAGACCUCCUCCAAAGAAAAAGAUGAAGAUAUUAUAUGACAAAGAUGAUGAUGAAGAAGAACAAAUGGAAAAACCAGCAAAACAGAAAAAACGAAAACAAGCUACAAAACAAAAGAAGCAGACCAACGCCAAAAUGAAAGUUUUAUACGACAAAACUGACGAUUAUGACGAAGAUUCAGAAGAAAAGAAGAUGCCUAAGUCGAAAAAUCGGAAAGUCGACACAGAAGAAAGCGCAAAUUCCAGAUCAAAUAAGAAUAAUGAUGCCGAGUUACCACUCAUUGUUUCCCAAACAUGCAAAGUCCUUGACUUAGGCAAAAUUGUAUAUGAUCGUCCGGCUUUCCACACAGAAAGAUACGUUUUCCCAGCAGGAUUCAAAUCAAGCAGGAUAUUCAAGUCCCUCGUCAAACCAAAUGAAACAGCAGAAUUCAUAAGUGAAAUUGUCGAUGACGGCGGAGAAACACCUGUUUUCAGAGUUUCCUCCGAUAAUAUUGUUUACGAGGGUCCUACAGCAACACAGCCAUGGGUACAGAUCCUGAAAGAGGUAAAUAGAAUAAAUGGAAUUUCAGGAAGGUCAAACUCUGUGUCAGGCCCUGAAAUGUUCGCUCUCUCGCAUCCAAUUAUUCGAUUCUUAACAAUUUCUCUUCCUGAUGCAGAAAAAUGCUCAAAGUUGAAGAGACCUGAACUAGAGAAAAAUAAUUAA